AUGAACAGCAAGAGAAAGAAUCGUUCCAACAACAACAGAUCUCCACGGGCUCGCGGCCCACAAGAAAGAUGUGUUGCGGCAGAGGGGGUGUACAAUAAUGCUCAUUUUAUGCAUGCAAUCACUAGCCAUGUCGGCAAUACAGUACAGAUCCAAACACAAAAUGGCUCAGUGUAUGAAGGAAUCUUUAGAACAUUUUCCAGCCAGUUUGAUGUGGUACUGGAAAUGGCCCAUCGUGUUGACAAUUCGGGCAAAAUAUGUGUAGAUAGUGUAGUUGAGAAACUAAUUUUUAAACCGAAUGACAUUGUUACCAUGUCAGCAAAAAAUGUUGAUUUGGAUUACGCGAUAAGAGAUACAUUUCAAACAGAUACAGCCAUUAGUAAAUAUAAUGGCUUAACUGGUGAGAAAGAACUGGAGCCUUGGGAUGCUCCAAGCACCAUGAAUGGAGCUGAUUUAGAGCUCGAUGGUGCUGCUAAUGGCUGGGACGUUAACGAAAUGUUUCGCAAAAAUGAGCAGGAUUAUGGAGUUCAAACGACGUUUGAACCUUCUUUAGUAGGUUAUACACUUCAGCUCCAGCGUAAAGAUACGAAAGAUUAUAAAGAACAAGAACAAAAGGCAGCUGAAAUAGCAAAUGAAAUUGAGUCUCAACCCAAUCAUAGGGCCAGAUUAGAAUUGGAGAACGGUGAUGAAGAGGAAAGAUUUGCGGCUGUGGUAAGACCUACCGAAGGAAAGUAUGUUCCACCGCCGCUAAAGAAGAAGAGUGGCAACACUGGCAAAUUGAUGAGGUCCAACGAAUCCCCGUCUUCGCCAGGAACUGCGAAUGAUAAAAAUGUCUACAACCAAUCGUCUUCAUCUGCGGUUAAUAUAAAUACUCCACAGUCGAAUAUACCGGUUGGAAUACAAUCCACUCAUGCGUCGGUGCAACAUCCGGUAUCUUUGAAUAUGGGUAUGCCGCCUAGUGGAGUAGUUGUUACAUAUAAUAAUCCGCCGCCGCCAUUUGUGCCUCCACCGACUACGCAAUCGCAACAGACUGGAAUUCAACAGAAUCAAGCGCAGCCGCCUUCUAUGUCACAAGUAGGCUUUCCACCGCAACAACAACAAACCCCUUCGAAUAAGAUCAAUGCGGAGAAACGUGAGCGUCCUGGAAGACAACAAGUCUAUCAAGCUGAUAAAGCACCGCCAGCUCCGUUCCCUCAGUCCAAUGUUGCGUCUUCACAUCAACAACAACAGUCUUCGCAUCAACAGCACACGUCGUUGCCGCAACAGAAUUCCGUGGAAGGGCAGCGAUGUGAAAUGGUUACACAUAAAUCAGAUCAUAGAAAGGUCCCGACACCACGUGGUAGAGACGAGCAACAUUCGGAACUAAGACAGUUUGCUACGGAGUUCAAAUUAGCAGAAUCGCAAGGGCCGCCGGAUACUCCACAAAUUUCCAGAAAACAGUCACAUCAACAUCAACAGGACGUGCAUUCCGCUAGUCCGAUGAAUCAGACUCAUCAUCAAACUCCUCAUCAGCACACGAGUCCGCAGCAACAAUCACAGCAGCAGCAACCAACGCAACAGCAUAGUAGUUCUCAUCAACAACAUCAAACUGUACAAGAGGAGCCAAUCGUUACCAGUAAGCCGCCACCAGGUCCAUUAACAGUAAGAUCUACGAGCCCGCCUCAGCAACAGCAACAACAACAACAACCACCACCACCACCACCACAAACGAACACCCAGACAGUGCAGCAAUCUCCACCGGAACCCGCAGUCGACAAGAUAACUAAUGCUUUCAAGAAAUCGACUUUAAAUCCGAACGCUAAAGAAUUUAAUCCAAACGCGAAGACGUUUACACCGAGAUCACCUAGCACACCGACACCUAGUCGACCGCAUACACCUCAGACUCCACAAUAUACAGGAGCAACUAUACCUGCGACUGUUGUUAUGCCCGCGUACGUGAUGACUAAUCAACCACCGACGGCUUUCAAUCAGCCACCUACUCAACAAGUGACGAGGUUCCGGAAAGUGCAAAUGAUGCAACACCGUGGACCAGAUAUAACAUCGCAGAUGCAGGUGGCCGCGGCAACGGGACAGCCGUUAUUGGCGCCAGCACCGUUGCACCCUCCAUUCCAGGUGCCUUAUCCGGGACAACCGGCGUACCAACAAAUGGUGCGCAUGGUACAGGCACCGCCACCACCACCACAUAUGGCCACGCCGUAUCAUCAUCAUCAUGAUUCGCAGGGACCGCAAGCCCCCGGUAUUCAGUACAUGGGUCCACACACUCAUCCGCACCCUCACGUAGCGCAACAACCACCCAGCCAAACACCAUCUCCAGCCAAUCCCAAUCAACCACACACACCGGGCGCUUAUAAUCCACCCGGUACUCCACAGCCCACGUAUCCACAACCACCUCCUCAGGGCCACGCUCCGAGUUAUCCAAUCAUGUGUCCCAUAAUUCCGCCCCAUAUUCCGAUCCCGCCACAGCACAUGCAAUACCUGCCGCCACAGCCGCCUCCGGGUGCGCAGCAAACUAUACCAGUCAUUCUGCCGCAUAAUCAGUAGCUGCAACAUGAAUUAAUCGAUGAGAAAGAAGAUCGCUAGUAUUCUGCUGAUAGAAUAAAACUUUCGAAAUUGAGUUACUUUCAUGAUGAUGAAAACAUACUUGUCCGAGAAGGAUGCUUCAGCUUGACUCCGAUCCAUCCCUAGGAAUGACUCCUUGAGCUCUCGAGAUUGUAUUAUUGCUAGUCAACGGCGCAAUUCAAAUUACAAUCAAUUAACAACGUUCUAUAUCAGUGAACAAUCUAAAAUUAUCUUAUAUACUUUGUGUUACGAGAGAUAAAGGAACAAUAUAGGAUGUUUCUUAACUUCUACCCACGAAGUACAUAGAGUUAUUUCUUAUGAAAAAUUGAAUCGAAAAGUCCUAAACCAUUUUUGUCUUUGAUGUUUAACGAAGCAGAUAUUUUUUAAUAAAUUCCAGCAAAUCCGUGUAGUCAUUUAAAAGUAUACACGUCUGUGAGCCGCGCGCCUGGUAGUGUGCAUGAAUGUUCCGCCACUGCAUUCACGCACACUACCAGACGCGCGGCUCACAGCGUGUAUACUUUUAAAUGACUACACGGAUUUGCUGGAAUUUAUUAAAACAUAUCUGCUUCGUUAAACAUCAAAGACAAAAAUGGUUUAGGACUUUUCGAUUCAAUUUUUCAUAAAGAAUAACGCUAUGCUUUGUGGGCGGAAGUUAAGAAACACCCUGUAUAUCGAGCUGAUUAAUCGGUACAAAACAAUCCAUUGUGCAAAUAGUAAACGUUACAUAUUAGAUACGUAACAUAUAUGUUUAAUGUCCUACUCAGAAACAUUUCUUCUACAUAAUAGCUCAGAAAUGUAGCGGAAAUAUGUUUGCUACAUUUCUGAGCUAUUAUGUAGAAGAAACGUUUCUGAGUAGCACAUUAAACAUAUAUGUUACGUAUCUAAUAUGUAACGUUUACUAUUUGCGCAGUGGGAAUAAUAUCUCACAUGAUAUUUUAAAAUGAUUUUAAGCUACUAAAAAGUAUUGUAAUCAUGAAAGUAACUUCUCUUUUACAUGUAGGUCGAUUAACAAAAAUGACCUAUGCUUGUAUUACUGAGUCAUUCAAAAAAAAUUUUUGACCAUUGAUUAUUUCAAUCAAAUUUUAAGAUUGCAAAACGAUCAUUUAACAUCACGCCAUUCCCCGUAAAACUUCCACAAGUUAAUUUUUAUCGGAUUAAUAUGCCAGAUGCAAAAAGAAAUUCUAAUGUUUCUUUUAUAUCAUGUAUUUUUAUUACGUAGUGCCUAAUAUAUUGGAGAAUACACAAGAGAAUAUACGCUCAUUUAAUACGUAGAUUUUAAAUUCAAAAAGUUUCAAUAUUACCUCAACAAACGUAGUUCGCACUACUUCGACGACAUAUGUACCUUCAGAAAAUUCCAAAUAUUAUGCUAACAUUUCUGAGCGAUCACGCGAAUGAAGCAAAUUUUUCUUUUCUUUUUUCUCUUUCUUUUUAUACGCGAAAUAAUUAUCGAAAUUACGUAAAGAUAGAGUAUAUAUAUAUAUGGAAGUAUAUGGCAUAUUUUUCUGCUCGCGCGCUUUCACACGCGAUAAUUCCAUUUGCAAAGAAGAGUACGCAGAAACGAGAACGAGAAGAGUACGCAAAAAAAGAGAAAAAAAAAAGAAAAAAAGAAAAAGAGAAGAAAAGACUUUUUGAAAGUCGCAACUUCUGAUAUGAUCCGAACGAAACGAGCGAUAAUUAAUGGAGUUGGAGUGCGGCUGCAGGGUAACACUAGCGGAGUACGCGAUUCUGCGGUUUGUUGAUAAAAUGAGGUUUGUUACGAGAUGUUGGUACGCGCAGGAUCCCCGAAUGUGAAAGAUUACGUCGAAUAUGCGAGCAUGCGAUACGACAUCUGCAUCCCGAUAAAUCACGCUACUGUUAGAAAUGUUGAUGCAAAUAUUAUCGCGAGCAGUAAACAUCUAAGAGGUACAAAAUUCGCAUAUCGAAAUACGUGAACGACUGAUUAUUUUCAAAAAGGAAAAAAAAGAUGAAUGAUUGCCAAUUAUAUCUUGCGUCAGUUGACUUGAUACACAAUCUAUGUUCUCACUGUGUGUAUUUCAAUAAUGUUCCAACAAUAAAUGCCAAGUGAAACGAGAAUUAUAUCGUUAGGGAAACGAUUGUGUUUAAAAUUACAUGGUGGCAACGAGUAAAUAUUCUACAGAGUGUUGAAAAAAUCUGGAGCCAAACUUCGGAAAUUUAUAGUGUCAAUGACGCGAUACAACGCACCAAGUAUACAAUUUAAAAUGCAAGAGACUGCAUCUGAAAUAUGAGUCUGCCAUCAUUAUUAUCAGUUUCACUAUAUCCUUACAUUGCUCUAAAUACCUAACUCAGGGUAACCGGUGUAUCAAUAUGAUUGCAAAUGUGAUCGCACUAUUAAUUAUUACAGCAGAAUACUAUAGAGAAGCCAUGAUUUAAAAUAGUUAGGAGUCAGUCUUAUAAAACAAGUAUACUUCUUUUCAACGAUAGUGAAACAAAUAUGAGAAAUGUAUUUUCCUCCAGUGCAAUAGUUUAAAAUAGAAUAGUGAUUAAGAUACUCUCAACGAUCAAAGGUGAAACGAUCAAACUCUGAAAUAUUUUUAAAUAAGAAUUUUUUAACAGACAAUAGACACGAAUCUUUUUUCGAAUUUCUGAAUUACUUUUCAAUCAGUCAAAAAUUUAACGUAAAUUGAACGUACCCUAUCUAUCAAAUGCAUAUAGGUACAUUUAUAUACAUUCAUGUAUGUAUAUAUGUGUAUUAAUAAAUGCAUAUAUAUGUAUAUGUUCAUACAUAUCUUGCGAUUUAGAAAAUUAACAUUUUCUAAUCAUUUUCGAGUUGUGCUUUGAUGUAGUACUAAAAAUGACAUUAUGUAGACAAUUGGAACAAGAUAUGUGAUAGAUAAUAUAGUCGAUAGUAUAGUCGAAAUCAAUUUGUAAACCUCAAGACAUUGUCACCAUAUCUGCAAGAAACGUUGAUUUAGAUUAUUCAAUAAGAUAUAUCUUUCAAAUGGAUCGAUUUAACCGACGAGGAGCUAGAGUUUUCAACUGCUCCAAGUUUUAUGCAUUGGGUUAUGAUUUAGAGCUGCAUGGUGCUGCUGUAAGUUUACAAACAUAUUACACAUGAAAAUUUAGUAAAUGCCUAAUUAUGUAGAGUUAUUUACUUUUAGAAUAUUUGAGACAUUAAUAAAAUGUCCAUAAAAACAAACAGGAAUAUUGGGAUUCAAUCGAUAUUUUGAAUUUUCCUUAUUUGGUCAUAACUGAAUAAAAGUCAAUGUCGUAUAUGAGAUUAAAUCUCAACUGAAUAGUAGAACCAUAUUAUAGCCGUAAUAGUAGAACCGUAUAGAGAUGGGAUCAUAAGAAAGUUGAUAUCUGAAGAUGUCAACAAGAAAGAACGAUUUGUAUCUAUAGUAAGCUUUUUUGGUGCUUUAAGACUUUGCCUUUGAUCACUGAAUAUUUCGUUAAUCACUAUUUACACUGAGACAAGAUUCAAUGGAAGAAAAUACAUUCUGUCAUUGUGUUAUAACAAAGAGGAAGGCGAUAACAUUAACAAACUUAUCAGACAACAGGCCAUCCUCUUAUUUAUUCCUCUUUAGACGAUAUACAAUAAUACCGAUCAGGAUCUACUCAAGUUUUUUAAAUUCUUUUCGAUAUCCAGAGUCUUCAAAUGUGGGAAAUCCUACUCUGUGUAUAAAUGUUACAUACAAUAAUCCGCCAUCGAUAUUCGUCAUCCAGUUUGGUCUCCUCUUUUUUUAACGCCUUGUAUUGAAAAAAAAACUUUUAGACAGAAUAUAUUACAUAGGUGUUAUAGCUUUGUUAUAUUAUUUGAAUUUAAAUUAUAAAAAUUUCUAUAUAUUGCGUUACAAUAUUUUGUUUAAACACUAAUUUUUGUUAAUGUAACUAUAUAUAAAUUACACAUGAUUUCUUUGCCGGUAAAUUACUGUCGAAUCUAAUGUGAAAAUAUAUUAAUGUACCAUUUGACACAUGCUCGCUUAAAACACAUGACGUGAUAUAUUUGAUUUCUUGAUGAAUCGUUCGUUAAUUAUGUACCUCUUAAUUAAUAACGCAAAAAAUGCAGGUGCUCGAUGUCGUUCAGAAAAGAGAGUUAAACAACUACGGCCUUAGACCUAGUCGUGUAUAUAAACAAGCGGAAGAGAGAGCAAAAACGACCUUUGUCUGAGAGAGGUAGUUGUGUGUGUGAGGCAUCGUUAGAAAAAUUUUAUAUCGAAGAGAUUUAAAAAAAAAACAUCAAAAAAUAAAAUCAAUAUGUUAAAAAUCAA